GAUUGGCUGGUGGUUCCAGUGAUAGGAUUGGCUGGUGGGGUGCGAUGGCGAUAUGGAAGGUUCUCGAUCGGAGCCUGGUUCUGUGGCAGUUGUUCGGCCUCCUGAGGGCCGAUUCUCGAGUUACCAAGGAACCAGGCGGGAUGCUGUCACCCAAAGAUGCUGCAUUUCCAUCCACCGCUCUGGGCACUACCCCUGCUUACCGAGUAGACUCUGUAACCACAGAACUGUCAUACCUGUCACAUUGCCCUAGUGCUGGACUUUGUGGCAAUCUGCCUCCAGUUUGUAUGAAUUGUACGCUGAAUUGGAAUUGCAAGUAUGGAAAGGACACAUUAUUCAACUGUACAGUCAAGCCAGGUGUACAGUGUGUUGAUGAAAAUAAGAUGGAACAGAAAAUGUUUCAAAUUACAAUGAUCUGUCGGUUCUGUUGGCAAUUACCACCUACGGAAUACCAGUGCAAAGAAACUACGAAAUGCAAGACCGUGCAGUGCCCACGCGAACAUUUUAUUUCCAACUGCACAGCUUUGGACCAUGUGCAUUGUCUUGGAAAUCGUACGUUUCAAAAGAAGAUGUAUUGCAAUUGGACAGGGGGUUACAAGUGGUCAACUGCAUUAGCUCUGAGCAUCACAUUGGGAGGGUUCGGAGCUGACCGCUUCUAUUUAGGCCAAUGGAAAGAAGGUCUUGGCAAACUCUUCAGCUUCGGAGGGCUUGGAAUAUGGACCUUGAUCGAUGUACUGCUGAUUGGGAUUGGGUACGUUGGGCCUGCAGAUGGCUCUCUGUACAUUUGAUCUACACAAGGAGCUUCAUCCUGUGAUGGCCCUGAAUGCAAUAAGUGACAGCACCAUGUUGAAUUAUGGAGUAGCUGUUGUGUCAAGUAUUUGUACUGUAUCAUUUUUGCCUUUCUUUGCCAAGGUGAGGAUUUGGAAACAAUUCAACAAGAAUAAGACCUCUUGCUUUUAGGUUUUGCAGACUAUAAUGAUUGUUGAAAUGAUCAAUGAAAAAAUCCUUGAGAUCCUGCUGCAGUUUGUUGCUUUUUCUGAUUAAUCCCUAGAUUCAUGCUAGUUUUGAUUGAGUCCCUCCUGUGGAGGGCUGCAGGUAAUUUAUUAGGGCGUGGAUUGACUGGUUUCCUGAAGACUUAUUAAAAGUAACAAGUGUGUCAAAGUGGAAUUUGACAAAAUAUGGCAUAAUCUAAAUUAUAAAUAAUGGUGAAAAAUGCUAAUAAAAUACUAAACUUUUGAGUGAAA